AUGUCUGAUGGAUUUAUACCUAUAGUUGCAAUAUUUUAUGCUGUUUUCCAUCCUACUGAAGGGACAAAGAUAGUCCAUCAAUACCCAAAUAAUUCAAUUAAAACUGCUUCAUCAAAUAAAAAUCCGAAUAAAAAUGAUCAAGAUGAUAAUGAUAAAACUAAUGACAAUGAAGAUGAUGAUGAAGAUGAAGAAGAUGAAGGAUUAUUUAAUUUUGAUACUGUUAAAAACUAUAUAAUACCAAAACCUCAACUAUGUAAUCAAUUAAUAUCGUUUAAAAUCAAUAAAUUUAAAGUUAUAGGAUAUCCAAUAAAUAUGAAAAAUGAACAUUAUGCAAGAAAUUCUUUUAGUUUUAAUUUUUGUUUUGUAUUUAAUUAUGAAAUUGGAGAUGUUACACCUUAUGAAUCUGCAAUAAAAAGAAUGGGACAAAUGUUUCAUGUUUUGGAAGAACAAAAUUUUUUAUUAAGUAAAUUAGAUAAAGAUAAUUCAUUUAUUAAUAAGAAUAGUAAAAGAUCAACGGAUAAAUCAUUAAAUGAUAUGAAUAAAAUUGAUUUAGAAAUGUACACAACAAAUUUAGAUAAUAUUGAACAAGAAAUUAUUGAAAAUGAUGCAAGUGUAAAUGCACCUGGUCAUUCAAAAACAAAACAAAUCACAUUAUCAUCAAUUGAAUCAUUAAUUCAACAAAUUUAUCAAGAUUUAAAUAAUUAUUCUGAAUGUUGUAUACCAUUAGAUACUUCAAAUUCAGUUGAUAUUAAAUUAUUUCCAAUUUUACCAGCCCCGAUAAAUUUGAAAGCUUUUCAAGUUCCAAUUGCGACUGUAAAAUUAAAAUCUUUAGUUGAUGUUAAUUGGGAUCCAACAAUGAUUAAAAUAUUACCUUAUAUAGAUGGAAUAAAUUCAGUUAAAAGAAUAAGUGAAUUAGCAGAUGCAAAUUAUUUAUUAGUUAAACAAUGUAUACAACAUCUUAUGCAUUAUAAAUGUAUUGAAUUAGUUGAUAUAUUUCAAUUUAAUAAUAUUUAUGCACCAACAAAUCAUAUAGGGGAUUUUUUAAAAAAUGAUGGAAAAAUGGCAGAACAAUGUCAAGCUUAUGUUGUAACAAAUAAUAAUAAUAAUGAAUAUUCAAGUAAUCCAAUGUCAUCAUUUAAUAAUACACCAUUAAUUAAUAAUUCACCAAAACCAAUAAUUGAAAAUUCUACUUCACCAACUUUUAAUUUUAGAAAAUAUUCAUCAAGUAUAUCACCAUAUCUGAAACAAAAUUAUUUGACCAAUUCAAAUAAUAACAACACUAACUCUAAAUUAAAUUAUUCAAAUAUAAAAGUUCCAACAAAAACAAGUUUAUUCUAUUUAUAUAGAUCUUUAAAUCAAGGUCAAACAAUAAAAGAAUGGUAUAAUCAACAUAAAAAUUUAUUAAUAAAUAUUGAUAUAAGAAGAUUUAUAAAUUUUGGAGUAUUAAGAGGUAUUAUAUAUAGAAUUUAUUCAUAUCCUAUUUUAAAUUCAAUAACAAGAGCAAUUGAAAGUGGUGAUAUUUUAAAAAAUAAUCAUGUUUUAAAUAAUUUAAAACGUAAAAAAGAAUUAUUAAAAUUAUCAAAUAAAUCUACUACAAAUGAAAGAAAUACAAAUUUAUUAAAAACUAAAGUUCAUGAACAAACUUUGAAAACAAGAAGAGUUAGUUUUAAUUAUGAAAAUGUGGAGAAUAAUUCUAAUUCAAAGAAAUUAAAUACAAUGAAUGAAGUGAUUCUAGAAAAUGAUAGCGAUGAUACUGAAGAUGAUGAAGAUGAAGACGAGUAUGAAGAAGAAGAAACAAAAGGAGCAAUUAAAAUAGUUCCACUAACUGAAAGAAAAUCAAGAAAUUCAUCAACAUCAUAUAGAAAUAUAGAAGAGCUUAAUAAUUCACCACCACAACAAGAUAAGAUUUUAAAAGAAAAAGAAGAAGAAAAUGAAGAAUUAAAACAGGAACAAGAUAUGAUAUAUCUUAUAAAAAUGUUAAAAGGUUUUCAACAUUUUGAUUCAAUUUGUACAGAACUACAAAAGUCAAGAUCAGAAGUUGAAUCAAUGAUUGAAAAUUUGGGAUCGUAUGGAGUUAUAAACUGUUAA